GGUUACUCAUGGUGCCGCUAGGAUUGAGUGGCGCAGCUGUUUGUUUACUACAGAUGGUGCGCGUCCGUCGCCAGUUACUAUCUAGGAGGGACAGGCGGGCGCCCCCUCACACAUGCUGCACUAGCCAUGGAAUCGCCUGGGAAAGGUGCAAGUGAAAUGGGAGCUGGAGUGGAUGCAGGACCAGAGAAUGUAUCACCCAUGGCAGAAACAGUGCCAGAAGCAAUGAACAGAAAGGAAAGUGAUAUGUCUGAGGAGCCACGGUUACCUAAUGCAUCCAGUUCAUUGGGUACCCAUGACUCAGAUUGUGUGAACCCUAAAGUGCCUUCAAAAGAUCCACACAGCACAACUACAUUACACAUGGAAGACCCAGAGAGAAACUCAACAACCUUGCCAAGUGUGGAGGAAAAUAAUGUUAAGCAGAUUUCUACGGGAAUAUCAGAUAUUUUGUCAGAAUAUUCUGAUACUGAAAAUAAAAGUAAAAAUUCUAAUUCCUUAACUGAAAACAGUGACAGUAAAACUAUAUCAAGUGAUCAAUAUAACACAAGUAGUGAAAAUGGUGGUGCAAAUGCAAGUGAAAGUAGUGGAGGUAUUAGUUGGAGAUCUGAGGGUGAGUCAGCAUUACCUUCAAUGGGGAUUCUACCAGAUGUGGAGAGAACCCCGGACCAAGGUGCACAGUUCAAGAGACCACAGCCUCCAGAUGUAGCAGCUCAGUGUGCUGCCUCAAGCUCUGCUGCACACAGCCCAGAAACACAUGCAGUGGAUCCCUCAGAUGUGGUGCACAAGAUCAAAAAGAUCAAAUGGCAGGAUAUUGAAGUGCCCAUCAUAACACAAAAUAAUAAUGGCCCAUGUCCACUCAUUGCCAUUGUUAAUGUCAUGAUUCUCAAGGGCCAAAUCACGUUACCAGCUGACAGAACAGAGAUCACUGGAGGAGACUUGGUGCUGGUGGUUGGAAAUGCCCUGUUUGACCAGCCAAGGAACUCUCUCCCAUCAGACAUGAGGCGUCAUGUGGAGCAGAACACAGAAGAUGCAAUCAGUAUUCUCCAUAAGCUACUUACUGGCUUAGAUGUUAAUGUUAAGUUUUCAGGAGUGCGAGACUUUGAAUUCACCGGUGAACUGUGCAUAUUUGAUUUGCUGGGUAUAAUGCUGUAUCAUGGGUGGGUGGUGGACCCCUCCAGUGAGGCAGCUACCAUCAUCAAGCAUCUCUCCUACAAUCAACUGACCAACAACAUAUUUGCCUGGAGAGAAGAAGCUGUUAAGAACAACAACAAUGACCUCCUUGUAAAAGCCAUGUUAUGUGAAGAAUUUAUGGCUAAUAGCGGAUCUCAACUCACCAUUCAUGGGCUCUUUGAACUGGGAUCUGCCUUGCGACGUGAAGAAAUAGCAGUUCUCUUUCGCAACAACCAUUUUUCUACCAUAUAUAAAAGAGAGGACCAGCUUUAUCAGCUCCUCACUGACCAAGGAUUCCUGCAUGAGAAUAUGGUGUGGGAAACUCUGAACGAUGUAGAUGCCACUUUCUCUGAGUUUGUCAAUGGGAACUUUGAGACCAUCCCACCUGCCCCUGAGCCAUCUACAUCAUCCAGUGACCUUCAGAACAUGACUCUUCAACAACAAAUUAAUUCUGAUCAACAAUUGGCAGCAAUGCUCCAGCGGGAAGUAGAUGAGCAACAGCGCCAACAACAAAACUUUGAGCGUCUUAAGGAUUCCCUUGGCCUACAUAAUUUGUCAGAUGAAGAGAUGGCAAAGAAGCUACAAGAAGAAGAAAACAGGUUAGCAGCCGAGGAUGAAGCUGAAGUUCAACCGUCCCGCCAGGCCACCACAGUCCCUCCAUCUGUGCCCACACCCAUCCCCCAGCACAACCCUCAGCCACAAGAGGACAAGAAAAAGAAGGAGUGUGUGAUCCUCUGAGAGUGACAAGCAGUGGACCAGGUGGUGCCCCUUUCCACUGGGCCAGUGAUGGAGCAGUACUCUUCUCCUGGGCAGUGAAAGUGUGUGGGUGGCUUUGUGAUUCUUAUUGAUUAUGAGAAAAGAUGGAAAAAAAGUUCCUCUCCUCCCUAGUCUAAUUAACAUGUACAUUGUGUGUAUAAAGUCACUUGAUUUUCAGGUCUGGGAUAUUAAAAUGAAUAGUAAGUAAACAUUGAUAUAAUUAAUUUAUUAUGAAAGCUUUGCCAUAAUUGUGUACUUUAGUUAGGCAAUGGCAACAUAACAGUAAAUAUUAAGUAUAAAAAAUAAUGGGUUAUAUGCUUGCUAUAUUUACUUGUCCUGCAAAAAUUAUGUUUUUCCCUACUUUGCCCAUCUCUUCUCCAGUAUUCUGUGAAUUGAGAAUGUCACAGGCAGUUUUAUAUUUAUGUUUAUUUAUUUAUUUUUUUUCAACACCCACCACUUCAGUUUUCAGGGCCAGGGUUGGCAUGAAUUUCAUCACACUUGGAAAACAUGUAUAUACAGAAAGUUAUUUAUUUUGUUGAAGAAAUUGUGCUUACUUCUAUAUUAUGUAUCUGCUGGUUACUCAUGUAAUAUACACAUAUAUCUAUAUUUUCCAGAAAAAAAUACUAGUUAUGUGAAAAUUAUUUAAAAUAUUGUUAUGGUAAUCUUUAGUAGUAUUUCAUAUUGUCUACAAUUUGAAAAGAAAAAUAUAUAGUAGUAAAGUAGAUAUUGGGCAUAUGAGAGAAUGAACCCUUGUAGAGUGUGAGUGGACACUGAGUUUGAGAGGAUGAGAGAGAGAGAGGACUGGGAGGUGCAAGGAUGAGGUGUAAUUAAAGAUUUUCCUGCUAUAGCCACUCACCAGAAUAUUUGAGUCUCCAUGAAUCAGUGUGGUUUAAAUUGUUUCAUAUUGCAUCAACUUGCUGAAGAUGGUAUAAAGUGGAUGAGUAACAGAAAGAAUAUACAUGCAGUGAAAACUCUUUGUGGUAUGAAGCAUGAUAUAUAUAAAUGACUAGCAGUGAAUACACUUGUUAUCUCCACUCUGCAUUUCAAUUUUUAUGUAACAAUUUGCACACAUCAGAUAAUUUUGGCAGUAUUUUGUAACUGAAGUGUUGAAUGUACUAUUUUGUUAGUUUCACUGACUAUGUGUUCAAUUUUUUUGCCUUGCCUUUUUGUAAUAGUAUAAUUUUUUAAUCAUUUAUCGGUGCUCUAAAUCUUGCCCAUAGACUUAUGAACUACUGGCUGUUGUGUUGCCAAAACUCUCACAACAAAAGACACAAAGCAUAUAUAGCUCACCUCUGCCUAGGUUAUAGAAGUCUCAUUAAUGACCAUAUUAUGUUAAGAGAUACCCAGCUAUUUUGUUAAAUGACUCAUUCUGAACCUCUUUACAAACAAAAAUUUUUACUUCCUCUUCCAGUUUGAUAAAGGUUUGUGUUGUCACUGUUGCUUACAUCACUAGCCAUAGGCAGUUCCACAAUUCUUGUGUGACAUUAACACACUCUUAUUCUCAAGUCUUUUUUGUUCUGUUUCUAGAUGACUCAUGGUAGUCCUUAUAUAUAUCCAUGUUUGUUUUUUUUGUCUGAAAUUUAUAUUUUCUUUAUGUAAAUACAACAUAAUAACCACAGUGCCACAUAGAUACUUGUUGGUCCAGUUUCUUAAGUCCAACCAGAUUCUAUCUUGAUGGUAAAGUACUAGAAGGUGAUCUUGGCAGACUGUAUUUGAGGUGUUCAGAAUAGUAGUGACGUAAGCGCCAAAAAAAAAAAAAAAAAAAAAAAAAAAAAAAAAAAAAAAAACGGAGAAAAACGUUAAAGUUUUGCAACAUUCAGAACGCAAUAACUUUUACUGAGAUGAGGUAGAAAGCUCAACUUUUGUGCAAAAUGAAGCUCUAUAACAGGGCUUUGCAACAAUUAUAAGCAAAAUGCAAUUACGUUCUGAAGUUGCUCAUUAACUGUGUUUUUCCGGGGGACGGGCACCUGUAUUUUCGGAAAAAUUAAUGAUAAUACUGAUAUUAAUAAUAAACAAUCCCCACUCUUAAAAAUAAUAAGAAAAUAAAAGUUACUGGGUAAAGCUCUUGUUGUGUGUGUUUGUGCGUGUUUGGUGUGUGUGUGUGUGUGUGUGUGUGUGUGUGUGUGUGUGUGUGUGUGUGUGUGUGCGUGCGUGCGUGCGUGCGUGCACGGGCGUGCACGGGCGUGCAAAAAAAAUCAACACUUACAUUGAUAAAGGCGAUGGCUGGUGUAGGCUUCUCAGUUGAUUGAAGAUGACUAAACGAUGACAAUAAAUGUGAUGAUGUCAAUAUCGAUGAUGAUGAUGAUGAUGAUUGGUGGGGGGCCCUGGGAUGAGGUGGACGGCCUGGCAUCCCAGGCUGCGUCACGUCAUCGCAUCCCUGCCUCCCCAGUGGUCGCUGAGUAGCCUGGGUGGAUAUACGUUGGUGUAAAAUUCACUGUGCUGUCAUUUUAAUGUGAUGCCGAUAUGGUCAAUUAAUGCCUUCACUACUAGCAGAAUUUCACUGGUCAGAUGCCAGCCAAACACAAUAGGAAGAAGAUAGUGCUAUACCACAGCUUGCUGAGACAUGCCAGGAUGAAAAUGGAGGCCUCCUAUUGCCAGCCCGAGUACAUAAAAAUUAUGUCAUUGUUGAGUGAGCACGAGUUUUUUUUUUGUCGACAGCCGCACAGCCAUGCGUACCCCUCCAAAGAAUGGGAAUUUCGACUAUGUUGCGGGCCGAAUUUUGACUUGGACAUUGCAGAUUCGGAAAGCUGAAGGCGAGACGAAGAAAAUGCUAUACAAACCUCAAAAUCGGCCAGGGUGGCACUUACGUCACUACUAUUCUGAACACCUCAUUUGUGGUGAGAGGAGUAACCAGUGCAGUUUAUAUGUUAAAGCUUGUUUUAUACUCCAUAUAUAAAGUCAUUAUAAAUUAACCAAUCUCAAUAUGAAUUAGAAAACGAGAAUUGGGUGCACUUGUAAAUUUUUUUUAUCUCUGGGACCGUAUUAAUAAAGAUUCCUAGGAAUGCA